AUCGCCCUUGCGCACCAAGAAAAAGCCGAAAUAAAAACAGACCCGAAAAGCCAUCAUACUCACUCUGUUCAUUCACUUUGCGAUUUUCGUCAGUACCGAGAAAUUUAAUCUUCACCAAAAAUGGGCAGGAAGUUCUUCGUCGGCGGCAACUGGAAAUGCAAUGGAACAAUCGAUGAGGUUAAGAAGAUCGUGAACUUGCUCAAUGAGGGAAAAGUGCCGUCACAAGAUGUUGUGGAGGUUGUGGUUAGCCCACCGUAUGUGUUUCUUCCAUUGGUGAAGAGCACUUUGAGGCCAGAUUUCCAUGUUGCGGCACAGAACUGCUGGGUCAAGAAGGGUGGUGCUUUCACCGGUGAAGUUAGUGCUGAGAUGCUUAAAAAUCUUGAGGUUCCAUGGGUCAUCCUUGGUCAUUCCGAAAGAAGAGCUCUUUUGGGUGAAACCAAUGAGUUUGUUGGGGAUAAGGUUGCUUAUGCACUUUCCCAAGGGUUGAAGGUGAUCGCCUGUGUUGGUGAGACCCUUGAGCAGCGAGAAGCUGGAUCGACUGUGGAAGUUGUUGCUGCACAAACAAAGGCAAUUGCAGAGAAAGUGAAAGAUUGGACCAACAUUGUUUUGGCUUAUGAGCCAGUGUGGGCUAUUGGAACUGGGAAGGUUGCAUCUCCAGCUCAGGCUCAGGAAGUGCAUUGUGAAUUGAGGAAAUGGCUUCAUGCAAACACAAGUCCUGAGGUUGCUGCAACAACCAGGAUUAUAUAUGGAGGCUCUGUCAAUGGUGCAAACUCCAAAGAGCUGGCAGGUCAGCCCGAUCUUGAUGGGUUUUUGGUUGGCGGAGCUUCCUUAAAGCCCGAGUUUAUUGACAUUAUCAACGCAGCUGAGGUGAAGAAAGCCUAGAGGGUUGGUACCUGAGGAGAGUAGUGUGACUUGUUCAUUUCCAUACAAAUAAUUAUGCUUUUUGUAUUCCGAUCAGCACCCGGUUCUGGGAUUUCUCUGUAUGAACAACAUUCUGCAGUUUUAAUGCUUUUAAUGGUUUUGCUGUAGCUUCGUACCAAAACAAUGAAGAUUGUCAAAUGUAGCAACUUUUUCUCGUUUCCUUGAAUGAAAGAAAAUCCGUAGUUUCUUGAUAGAA